UCCUAUCCUUCUUACAUGUUUUGUACCGUCUGGUUUUACCUCUGACAUUUCCAACGACCUGUCUGAAUGUGCGUUUGCUUCUGCAGGAUGUGUCGCAGCUGCGUCCCACGCGCUUAACUUUUGUAUUUCAGAUGAGAUGCAAAGUCACUUCCUACAAGCGCCUCAAUCCUCGGGAGUCCGCACAAUGUCAACCUGCUGACGAGUUUCAGUGAAAAUGAAAUCAGCAGAAACCUACAAUCACGAACUCCGUCGAUAAAGCUGAAACCUGCUGGGUGCGCUUUGGCAGUCCUCUAAGGGCUGCAGAUGAAGUUUGCGAUAUGUUGGCGCUCAACAGGAAACGAGAGACAGAGCGCUGCUGACACAACUGAAACCCGCAGCUUCUAUGAAGCUUUGACCUCCGCUCCCUGGCUGUCUAUGAGCUGAUUCAAUGGAGAGCUCAUCCUCCAGGCGGCGAGCCUGGAUCAACAGUAGCCGACAAUGGCCAACUGUGGAGGAGUCUGAAGGGUCGCUGUGCAACCUCCCAUGUUCCUCUAUAGCUGACGACGAUGUCUUUUCUGAUGGAUGUUUCACAGGAAAGAUUGAGAGUUGGCUCCUUAGCUGUGGGUCAGAUGCCAGCUCAAAGAACAACAGGCAGCUCAGUUUAGAAUCUGCCCUGCAAACCAACACUUUAAUUGAUGACCUGAGUCUUGGAGCUGAUGCCUCUGUGUUAAAUGGUGGUGAACUUACACCUGAAGCUAGUCUGGGAUGUUCCUUUAAUGACCGACGCAGCAGACUCUCCAGCAGCACCCCCCGUCGGGGACUAUGUCUACCCUCACUGAACCUGGGCCACAGCAUGGCCUCCAGCUGCCUGUCCUCCUCCACCUGGAAAACUAUGUCAAGUGUGUCAGAGGUUCUGCAGCUGUAUUCAGAAGAUGCAGAGGAGACCCUGUAUGAGCUCGGUUUUGGCUGUGAAGAGCCGCAGGUCACUGUGCGCAUCCCCCCUCGCUUCUUCACCUUUCCUUCUCAGGCUCAGGGCAUCAACUUUCGCCUCUUUUUGGACUCACAGAUAAGGCGAAUACGUGAAGAAGACCCCGGCCUCUCUCUUGCUAGUCGAUUCAGACAAGUACAAGUGCUAACAGCUAUGGCCAAUGCUUUCUAUUCCCUCUACUCCCACGUGUCGCGCACUCCUCUGCAGAAACUGGCCACACCAGAGUUUAGCUUCUCUUCUCCUUUGGAAAAGAUUGAACGGUUUAGGACCAGUAUCCGCAGUGAGCCACGCUCUCCAGUGGAGAGACUCAAAGACACAGUUCACAAGAUGUGUCUCUACACUGGCUCUCCCCGAGGAUCAGACUCCACCUCUCCACAGCCCUCCCCUAGGAAGAGGUCAAGUCUUCCUGAAGUUGUGGACAUUGUCCUGAAAGGAAAAAGUGGGCCUGCCAAGAGGUUGGAUUUGGGGGGACAUAACAGGAGUAAUUCAGCUGUGGAUCUUAGGCUAAUCACAAGUGGUCUGGAAAAGGAGCAAAUGCAACAGGUGGUGGUGGACACAGAAAUUCUUCUAGAUGGAAAUCAAAUCAGCCAGAAAGUGCAGGACAACAAACAAACAGAUAUUGCUGAUACCGGUGAAAACAUUUGUAGACAAACAGAUCUUGACUGUGCAAGUAACGGAGUAGUAACAUCUCUGGCGUCAUCAUUAUCAGUAGAAACUGUGAUAGAAACAGAACAUCCGUUGCCCUCAUGUCAACCAGAGCUGGACUCAUGCUUGAUUCAAAGUGACCCAAGGACAGCUGAGCUAAAUCCCGUUGCCAUGGUUUCCUAUGAUCUAAUCUGCCCACAGAUAGUUGAGAGUGUGCACCGGGCACCUUUCUGUUGUCAAAGCACACACAGUGCCAACAGUUCACGUCAUAUCUCCUCUGUAGCAAAGCGCAUAGACAGAUCACACUCUGUAUCACACCAACCCUGUAUACAAAGCAUCAUCUCUGAACCAAAAGAUAAAUCACUUCCUGAGGAUUUAGCCCCUUCAGGAGAUUUUCAGCAAGGGGAUGGAUCCAGAUCACUCACUGCCCAGGAGCUCAAUGUCAGCUGUGGUCAUUACUACAUCACUGUGACUGGUUUGGAAGGGGAGGAUGUGUCCCUGUGUUCUAUCAACACAGCAGAUUCCAGUCAUGGUUCAUCUGUCUCAUCCAUGAAGACUUGUGAGUCAUUUAAAGAAGGGGAGAAACAGUAUUUGAAUCCAAUGACACACCCAGGCCUGGGCCACUUCUCCAGCAGCCGUGAGCAGGUCAACUCAUUUGAGCUGGAGGAGGUGCACAGUGCAGGAGAGGAAGAUGUUGGACAAUCAGAAGCUACGGGAAAACCCACCUCACAGCUUUCCAGAACACAUCAGAACAAAGGUGAAGUGAUCCGGGGUGACAGCAUGCAGUCUGACAGCAGUGGCUAUGCAGACGAAGAAGUCUGCCCCUCAGCAGACAGACACAACAGAUGAGACUGACAUCUGUGUGUGAAUCUGUGGACCUUCUCCUGCUCUGAAGAGUUGCAUUUGUACAUGUAAUGGCUUGGAAAGCGGAACCAUAAAUGGAUACUGACUCAAAAAUCUCCAAAUGAUUAAAAUGCCUUCAGACUUGAA